UACCUAGGUUUUCUUCUAGGUGUUUCUUAUGUGUGGUGCCUGCAGAGCUGGCCCUCUUUGGCACAGGACUUACUUCUUGUGCAUGGCAUACCAUAGGCAGUUAACUCAUGUUUGUGGGUGUGAACACGUGUCAUGCAGAGAACCCUGUGCCACCUAACACACGAAAGUUUCCUUGCCACCUCUCUAGCCAGACUCUGAACUCCAAGGACCACACACUCCUGUCUCCAUCGCCGAGAAGAUCUUGUGAGUCGGGGGCUCUAAACUGUCGUGGACAGGUCCUCAGGCCUAGGUCCGCAGAAAUGGGUGAAUGCCAAGAAGAAGGAAAACACAGAGACUUCUCUGCUGUGGCCACAGAGACUCACUCCAGAGGGGAAGUUACAGAUUUGUGCAGCAUCCUGAAGGCUGAGUAAGAUUUCUGCAAGCAAAGAUCAUUUAUGAUGGGGGUUGAGCUGGGCAGCUAGGGAGCCAGUGAGGAGGCAAGACUGGUUCCGGGGUGAGCCUAUGAAGUUCAGAGAAAGGGGAUGCCAUUGUGAGGUAAGAAAUGGAGGUCUUUCAAAUCUCAUGGGCAAUGAGGUACCACAGAAGCUUUUGAUGACUUUUCAAAGUCAACAUUUUAUCAGGAGGCUGAUUCUGUGAGUUUGAGAGCAUCCUGAGCUACAGAGUUGAGAACUUUGUCUACAAACAUGCAUUUUGGAAAUUCAGUCUGAUCCAUUCUGACCUGUAGGUGGUAAGGCUGGAAGCAGGAGAUAAGGAAGUUCACUGUAUUCAACUGGGUGCGCUGGAGAAAGUCACUGCGUCUCUGGACUCCAGACUCCUAGUUUGGGUAACAGGGAGGGGCGGGGGAAGAAGUAACGAGACCCAACUGUUCAUUUGCCUUGGGGCUGUGUCCUUAAGGGGUGGAGUCAAGGAACACAGAAGACUUUCUGGGACAUGCCACCAAGCGAGAGCAUUUCUGAUCACACCCUGAGCCAGGGACAAGGGCUUCUCGCUCCCUGCUGGUGGCUGCUCCAGCAGUCCUAAGGAACCCUGCCUUCCUGUUGGGUCGGCCAACAGAGCAGGUGAGAUUAAACCCUGCAGGCUCUGGGACCGGAGUGCCCCGAAGAGGCCUCUGUGUGCCCAGCCAGCCUGUCAUACUGCUCUCUUAGGCCGCUGAGCUCACCUGAGAACUGGUGAUGUGGGUUCUGCUCUCACUGCUCCUGCUGGCCCCUGUCCUCUCCCUGGGCCAGACCACAUGGGGCGUCUCCAGUCCCAAGGAUAUGCAGGGCUUGCAGGGGUCUUGCCUGCUCAUUCCCUGCAUCUUCAGCUUCCCGGACAACGUGGAGGUGUCUGAUGGCAUCACAGCCAUCUGGUACUACGACUACUCGGGCAAUCGGCAGGUGGUGAUCCACUCGAGGGACCCCACGCAGGUGGUGGAGCGCUUCAGGGGCCGAGCCGAGCUGAUGGGGAACAUGGACCACAGGGUGUGCAACCUAUUGCUCAAAGACCUGAAGCCUGAGGACUCCGGCAACUACAACUUCCGCUUUGAGAUCAGUGAUGUCAACCGCUGGUCAGAUGUCAGAGGCACCAAGGUCACUGUGACAAAUGACCCCAGCGCUCCCACUAUUACUGCCCCAAAGGAGCUGCGUGAGGGCACGGAGGUGAACUUCAACUGCUCUACACCCUACGUGUGCCUACAGAAGAAGGCCAGCCUGCAGUGGGAAGGCCAGGACCCCACUCACGCCGUCACCUCCAGUCACCAGAGCCUCGAGCCCACUGGCGUUAGUCACCAGGAGACCCUACAUAUGGCCCUGUCCUGGCAGGACCAUGGCCGGACCCUGCGCUGUCGGUUCUCACUGGCCACGCGCAGCAGUCAGAAAGAGAUUCUCCUCCAAGUGCAGCAUGCCCCCAAAGGUGUGGAGAUCCUCCUCAGCUCCUCAGGAAAGAACAUUCUCCCAGGGGAUCUGGUCACACUCACCUGUCAAGUGAACAGCAGCUACCCUGCCGUCAGCUCUGUGCAGUGGGUCAAGGAUGGAGUGAGCCUCGAAGCCAAUGGACGUGUGCUACAGCUGUCCUCGGCAACCUGGAAUGAUUCCGGGGUCUACACCUGUGAAGCGAUGAAUCCUGUGGGCUCUCUGGUGUCACCCCCGGUCAGCCUCCAUGUUUUUAUGGUUGAGGUCAAGAUGAGCCCAGCAGGGCCCAUUUUGGAAAACGACACAGUGACACUGUUCUGCAGCAUCCCCAAGGAGGCACCCCGGGAGCUCCACUACAGCUGGUACAAGAACCACAUUCUUCUGGAAGAUGUCCACUCCCCCGCCUUGCGCCUGCCUGCAGUCACCAGGGCCAAUACCGGCUUCUAUUUCUGUGAGGUGCAGAAUACCCAGGGCCGUGAGCGCUCCGGCUCAGUGAGUGUGGUGGUCAGACAUCCACCCCUUGCUCCAGUCCUGACUACCUUCCUGGAGACACAGGCUGGGUUCAUGGGCAUCUUCCACUGCUCUGUGGUCAGUGAGCCCCUGGCCACACUGGUACUGUCUCACGGAGGUCUCACGCUGGCCUCCAGCUCUGGAGAAAAUGACUUCAACCCUCGCUUCAGCGUUUCCUCGACCCCCAACUCCCUGCGCCUAGAGAUCCGAGACUUGCAGCCAGCUGACAGUGGCGAGUACACAUGUUCAGCCACCAACUCCCUUGGAAACUCAACUUCCAGCCUGGACUUCCAUGCUAAUGUGGCCCGACUCCUCAUCAGCCCUUCAGCACAGGUUGUGGAAGGGCAGGCAGUGACUCUGAGCUGCAGGAGUGGCCUGAGGCCAGCAUCGGACGCUCGCUUCUCCUGGUACCUGAAUGGAGCACUACUUCUCGAGGGAUCCAGCAGCAGCCUCCUGCUUCCUGUGGCCUCCAGCACUGAUGCUGGCUCUUACUACUGUAGAGUGCAGGCUGGCCCCAGCACCAGCGGCCCCUCCCUGCCUACUGUCCUCACUGUGUUCUACCCCCCCAGAAAGCCCACAUUCACUGCCAGGCUGGAUUUGGAUACCUCCGGUGUUGGGCGUGGCCUCCUCUCUUGCCAUGUGGACAGCGAUCCCCCAGCCCAGCUACAGCUUCUCCACAAGGGCCAUGUUGUGGCCACUUCUCUGCCAUCGAGGUGUGGGAGCUCCUCCUCACGCACAAAGAUCAGCAGAGCCUCUAACUCACUGAGUGUCGAGAUCCAGAACCCAGUGUUAGAGGACGAGGGCAUGUACCUCUGUGAGGCUAGCAACACACUGGGCAACUCCUCUGCCUCAGCCACCUUCAAUGCUAAGGCCACUGUCCUGGUCAUCACGCCGUCGGAAACGCUGCAUGAGGGCACAGAGGCCAACUUAACUUGCAAUGUGAGCCAGGAAGUUGCUGACAGCCCUGCCAACUUCUCUUGGUUCCGGAAUGGAGUGCUGUGGACCGAGGGACCACUGGAGACUAUAAGGCUGCAGCCCGUGGCCAGGACCGAUGCUGCCAUCUAUGCCUGCCGCCUCCUCACUGAGGAUGGGGCUCAGCUCUCGGCUCCUGUGGUCCUAAGUGUCCUGUAUGCCCCAGACCCUCCAAAGCUGUCAGCCCUCCUGGAUGUGGGUCAGGGCCACAUGGCUGUGUUCAUCUGCACUGUGGACAGCCAUCCCCUGGCUCACCUGUCUCUAUUCCGUGGGGAGCAUCUCCUGGCCACCAACUUGGAACCGCAGCGUCCAUCCCAUGGCAGGAUCCAGGCCAAGGCCACAACCAACUCCCUCCAGUUAGAGGUUCGAGAACUAGGUCUUGAGGACUCUGGAAGCUACCUCUGCAAGGCCACGAAUGUUCUUGGAUCAGCCAACAGUUCCCUCUUCUUCCAGGUCAGAGGAGCCUGGGUCCAGGUUUCCCCGUCACCUGAGCUCCAGGAGGGCCAGGCUGUGGUCCUGAGCUGCCAGGUGCCCACAGAGGUCCCCCAGGGGACCUCAUACCAGUGGUAUCAGGACGGACAGCCCCUCCAGGCGUCAACCUCAUCCACACUCCGCAUUGCAGCUAUAAGUCUGAGGCAAGCUGGUGCCUACCACUGCCAAGCUCAGGCUCCAGACACAGCUACUGCCAGCCUGGCCGCCCCUGUCAGCCUCCAUGUAUCCUACACCCCACGCCAGCCCACACUCAGUGCCCUGCUGAGCACAGGCCCCGCACGACUCGGCCUCCUGGUGUGCAGUGUACGCAGUGACCCUCCCGCUCAGCUGCGGCUCUUGCACCGGAAGCGCCUCGUGGCCUCUACCCUCCAAGGCCCAGAGGAGCCGGCGAGCAGUGAUCCCCGGCUGCACGUGACUGUGAGCACCAAUGAAUUGCACCUGGAGAUCCACUCUGCAGGACUGGAGGAUGAUGGCACCUAUACCUGUGAGGCCACCAACACACUGGGCCAGGCCUCUGCUUCAGCCGACUUCGAUGCCCAGGCUGUGCGUGUGAUGGCGUGGCCCAAUACCACUGUGCAGGAGGGGCAGCGGGUGAACCUGACCUGCUUGGUAUGGACCACCAAGCAGGACCCACUCAGCUACACAUGGUACAAGGGUGGGCAACAGCUCCCUGGUGCCCGUUCCAUCUCUCUGCCCAAUGCCACAGUCGUAGACGCUACUUCCUACCGCUGUGGUGUGGGGCUCCCUGGCCAGGCACCUCAUCUCUCCAGACCCGUCACCCUGGAUGUCCUCUAUGCUCCCCGAAGCCUGCGGCUGACCUACCUCCUAGAGACCCAGGGCAGGCAGCUGGCCCUGGUAUUAUGUACUGUGGAUAGUCGCCCACCCGCCCAGCUAGCUCUCCGCCGUGGCGGCCACCUUCUAGCCUCUUCAACUGAAGCCUCUGUCCCCAACACCCUGCGCCUGGAGCUUCGGGACCCAAGGCCUAGCGAUGAGGGUCUCUAUAGCUGUUCUGCCCACAGCCCAUUGGGCAAGGCCACCACAUCCCUGGAGCUUCGGCUAGAAGGUGUACGAGUGACGAUGGACCCCUCUGCUACUGUGGCCGAGGGGCAGCCUGUCACAGUGACCUGCGAGGACCCUGCCGCCCUCCCACCCACCCUCUAUGCCUGGUUCCACAACGGCCAUUGGCUUCAGGAGGGGCCGGCUUCCUCACUCCAGUUUCUGGAGACGACCCGGGCUCAUGCCGGCGCCUACUUCUGCCAGGUGCAGGAUACCCAGGGCACACGCAGCUCCCGACCUGCCACCCUGCAAGUUCACUAUGCCCCUCGGGAUGCUGCCCUGUCUUCCUUUCGAGACUCCAGGACCAGGCUCGCGGUCGUGAUACAGUGCACCGUGGACAGCGAACCACCUGCUGAGCUGGUCCUAUCCCACAAUGGCCGGGUGCUAGCUGCCAGCCACGGCUCUCCAUCGGGCACAGGCCACGUCCAGGUAGCCCGAAACUCUCUUCGCCUGCAGGUGCAAGGCGUGGCUGGGGGCGAUGAUGAUGCCUAUGUCUGCACAGCCCGAAACGCACUGGGCUCCAUCAGUACCACCCAGAAGCUCCUGAGGGAGACUGGUAUACAUGUGGCCGCUGAGCCAGGCUUGGAUGUGCCAGAGGGCAGAGCCCUGAACCUAACCUGCCACCUCCCUGGUGGCUCCAAGCCCAUGGGCAACUCAACCUUCACCUGGUUCUGGAACCGCCAUCUGCUACAUACAUCUCCUGUGCCCACACUCUCCUUCACCCAUGUGACCCCGUCUCAGGCUGGCCUCUACCACUGCAGGGCUGACCUCCCCACUGGGGUCACCACCUCUGCUCCCGUCUUGCUCCAUGUCCUCUAUCCUCCCCAGAAGCCCACUCUGACUGUGUUUGUGGAGCCUCAGGGCGGCCUCCACGGCAUCCUCGACUGUCGAGUGGACAGUGAGCCCCUGGCCAGCCUCACCCUCCACCUGGGCAGUCAACUAGUAGCCUCCAACAAACCCCAGGGUGUUCCCACCCAGCCCCACAUUCACGUCUCUGCCUCUCCUAACGCCUUGAGACUGGACGUAGAGGAACUGGGACCCAGCCAUCAGGGGGAGUAUGUGUGCACUGCCUCCAACAUCCUGGGCUCUGCCUCAGCCUCGGCCUACUUUGGGACCAGAGCCCUGCACCGGCUACAACUGUUCCAGCAGCUGCUCUGGGUACUGGGAUUUCUGGCGGCCUUCCUGGGCCUGCUGCUGGGCCUGGGAGCCUGGCACACGUGGAGAAAGAGGCAUUCUCAUAAGAUGAGUGUGAACGAGAAUUCAGCAGAGAUGGCCACUCAUAAAGACACUAUGCAGGGUUUCUUUAUGGGAAGCUCCUAGCUCUGGAUGCAGCUACACAUGGAAUGCCAUCUGAUGCCACACCCCUGAGCUGACGGAUGACUCACCUGCCCUCAGGAGGAGGAGGUUGCCACUGGCUGACACGUCAGGUGUUGUGAACAAGGUCCUGCCUGCCUCUGUACAAGCAGCAUGGCAGCGUCUGAUUUUCCGUGACCUGCCUGCCUCCCAAGCCUCUUGCUCCUAAGAAAAACGGAUGGAGAGAGGUGGGAUGGAGGUCAACCAGCUGCCGCCAGGGCUCCGAGACUGAGUCAGCCAGGUUUCCCACUUCUCUCUGUGAAGUUUUGCCUCUUUCUCUUCAAAGGCCACCUUGAACCUUCUUGAUAGGUCAGAACAGCAUCUGGGUCCUUGCGGACUUGCUAAGAUACUCUGUACCAGACGGAAUAUAAGUCAGGCUGUUUUAACAGGAACUGAAUAGAGUGACCUCGGUGUGACAGAUUUAUUUUCUCUCCUAUACUGGCUGUGCUAUGGUGGUAUAAGAUACUGGGGCUCAGGAUCCUUCUCUCUUGCUUUUCUCCAUCCCCCAAAUGUUGCUUAUGAUUACGAAGCUCAGGUGACUGCAGUGAGCUUGGUCCUACAGUUUUGCCGAGUAGAAGGGCAGAAAACCAGCCUCAAUCCAGAGGCAGGACACGGAGAGGAGAAACCUGGUACAGCAGGAUGCUGCAGGCUGUCAGGGAUGACCAAAGGGUGGUGGGGGCAGCGGGUUUGAGAACGUGUGACUUGGGAGUCUUUGCUCACAUGUCCUUCCAAGGGGCUGUGUUGAAGAAUGCCCAGAGAGCCUAGCUGGCUCAAUCCCCAGUGGUCCAAAGCCCUUGGACCUCGGAAAUAAACCUGAAAUUCAAACCUAA